AUUUGCUUUGCAGCCUACAAAAAUAGAGUUAAUUUCGCAGUUCCAACUUAACACAUCAUUGUUAAUUUGAAGAAGGAGAUUCAACAUGGGUUACGGUAUCUCACAAAAUGAAAGACCCCAUGCUAUUUGUUUCCCAUUUCCAGCUCAAGGCCAUGUCACUCCCAUGUUGAAUGUGGCAAAGCUUCUUCACCAUAGAGGUUUCUACAUAACAUUUGUCAACACCGAGUACAAUCACCGACGUCUUCUCCAGUCGAGAGGUCCCGAUUCUCUCGAUGGGUUGCCAGAUUUUCAGUUCAAAACUAUUCCGGACGGCCUUCCGUACUCGGAGGCCAAUUCCACCCAAGAUAUCCCUGCACUCUGUGCAUCCGUCAACAAAACUUGCUUAGCCCCAUUCUGUGACCUUAUUUCUCAAAUAAACUUUAACGCUUCUACUUCGUCUAAUGCCACUCCACAAGUUAGUUGUAUUGUUACCGAUGCUGCUGCGUUCUUCUCAGUUUCAGCUGCCAAGCAGUUUAAGAUUCCUUUCGCAAUGUUCUAUACAGCCAGUGCUUGUAGCUACUUGGGUUAUUUACAAUAUCCUAAGCUCAUGAAGCAAGGAUUGGUUCCAUUAAAAGAUGCAAGCUAUUUAAUAAAUGGAUAUCUAGAAAACACAAUAGAAUGGACUAAAGGAAAGGGGAAUAUACGAUUGAAGGAUCUUCCUACCUUGCUUAGAACAACAGAUCCAAAUGAUUUUCUCUUCAAUGUCAAGAUUUUUCAAGCUUAUGGUUGUUUGUUAGGUGAUGACAAUGACUUUAAGUGAGACAACAUUCUCUUUCUGUUUAUUUCUCGAUCAAUGAGUACAAAUUCCUUCUGUUGAUCUUUCUCUCCAGAUUCAACAGCCAUGCUUUUACAUGAAAUUUUUCUGAUGCCCUUCCUUGUUUAGCUUCCCUAAUUUAUAACAACUUCUCCUAACUAAUUACAGUUAUAACCACUAACCAACCAACUACUUGAUAUUUCACAUGUGUAAAGAAUGUGAUUUAUUUCUUCUUUUAUAUACAAACUUAAUAGGAGGAGGAGGUUUAACUUUACCCUCCCCUUCUAAAUUCACCUUGUCCUCAAGGUGAAAGGUGGGGUACAGCCGCUCUAUUUCGUCAUAAAAGUCCCACGAAGCCUCAUGUUCAGGUAAGUUUUUCCAACGGAUGAGAACCUCCCAAACACCAGCACUAUUCUUUUGAUAUUGUAACGCUUCUUUGGGUAUGCUUGCCAUUCCAAAUUCUCAAUGAUAAGCUGAAGAGUCGGCUGGACACCCGUGCGGUCCCCAAUAAACUUCUUUAGUUGUGAUACAUGAAAAACUGGAUGGAUUAUGGAGGCCGCCGGUAAAUCUAACUUGUAUGCUACCGUUCCCACCUUCUCCUGAACCUCAUACAACCCAAAAUACUUGGGGAUAAUUUUUGGUUUCGUUUCUUUCGUAACGAAAGUUGUCGAUAGGGUCUAAUCUUUAACAACACCCAGUCUCCCACAUUAAAUUCUACAUGCCUUCGCUUCUUAUCGGCUUAUUGCUUCAUUUGUUGCUGUGCUAACAAUAAUUGCUCCCGAAGAGUCGCCAAAACUGUAUCUCUUUCGCGUAACUGGUCAGCUAACAUUGAAUUCGUAGUGGCGCCAUCCCCAUAUGAUAACAACGAUGGGGUUUUCUACCAUAUAACACUUGGAGGGGUGAAGUGCCCGGUGAUCGAUUAAAAGUGGUGUUGUACCAAUAUUCUGCCCAUGGUAGCCAUGACACCCAUUCUUUUGGUCGCUCGCUACAGAAACAACGGAGAUAAGUUUCCAGCCCUCGGUUGACUACUUCAGUUUGUCCAUCAAACUGUGGGUGGUAAGUUGUGCUCCCAUUCAACUUCGUGCCAGCUAAACAGAACAUUUCCUUCCAAAAGUUACUAAGGAAAACCUUGUCGCGAUCAGAUACAAUGGAUGAAGGAAAUCCAUGUAGUCGAACUACUUCUUUUACAAACACAUCCGCAACUGUCUUGACCGAAUAAGGAUGUUUAAGUGGUAUGAAAUGGCUGUAUUUACUCAGUCAAUCAACCACUACGAGCACCACUUCAAACCCUUUUGCUGGUAACGCCUCAAUAAAAUCCAUCGAAAUGUCACUCCACACUUGCUGUGGAAUUUUCUAAAGGAGUUAAUAGUCUAGCUGGAGAUAAUGCCAAGGUCUUAUUUCGCUGAAAAACUAUACAUUCUUCACAAUGUUUCUUGACAUCUGCCUUCAUACCCCACCAAUACAUUUUGCUUGCUAACCUUUUGUACGUACGUAGAAAUCCUAAAUGUCCCCCUACUACUGAGUCAUAAUAGUUGGAUAACAUGGCGGGAAUUAAUGUUGAAGAUUUAGAUAAAACUAAUCGGUUCUUAUAGUGCCACAAGCCAUUUUUAUGUGAAAAUUUAGCUGGUUGCUGAUUGUCUCUUAUCUUUUCGUCAGCAAACACCUUUUGCAGCAACUCAUCUUUUUCAACCUCCUCUUUAAUAGUGUUAAGAUCUACUAAAAUGGGAGCUGAUAUGCUAAAGUACAAUACCUCUGCAGGCUUUCUUGACAGGGCAUCGGCUGCCUUGUUCUUCAAACCGGGUUUAUAGAUGACUUCAAAUGAAUACCCGAGCAAUUUAGCCACCCA